UAGGGUUCGGAUUCAGGUUAUAAACGAGUUCGGGUUUCACGGAUUGAAUGAAUUUUUUAUUAAACGGGUAUUUAAAUUGUUUCGGGUAGUAUGCGGGUAACUCUAAACGGAUUUGGGACGGAUUCGAGUACUUAAAUUAACAAGCGGUUCGGGUAGUUUAUUUCUAGCAGGUACCCGUCUUGCUGCCAUCUCUAGAGCUACUACUCAUUCAUACAGAGACGCAAGCAAAGAAUCCAAAAAACGGUGCGUCAAAAGGAGUAGGCCCACGUAAAAGCUUGAAUCCUGUUUGCGGGACCCGGACUUUCCAAGAUUGAUCCAUCCCGGGAAAUCACUUCGAGAGUUUGGCGUCGGCAACCUGGUCAACGUCUGGUCAGAGUGCCCCCAAUCCCCGAGCGUGCUCCGGUUAAUUCUGUGGUCAGUUUAAGUUCACAUGAUUCGGUUCCUGAUUUAGAUCCAGUUGUAAUUGAGAUGGCUGACAAUACUGCAAAUGAGAUUGGUUUUUCUCCGGCCCAGUUAAGGACCAUAGCUGAUAUAAUAGCCGCUGCUUUGGCUCAGGAGAGGGCACAGAAUCAGGUCCCUCCCUCUUCAAGUAACCAAACAUUUUCCCCUGUAGUUAAGGAAAGGGAGACUCCAGAACACGCUUUGGGCAAUCAAGCAUCAGUUGACAAUGUUAGUCCGACUAAGAAUGAGCUGAUUAAGCAAAUAGCAGAACUGAAGGAUAAGGUGGAGAGGAUAUCUGUUUCGAAAGAGAAGGACCCAGUCACCAAUUUACCCAGUCCCACCUCACCAAUUUCCAUGUGGCUGAAUAUGUCCUGAAGCCUACGAACUCUACUUCAUCCAAGACCUUCAAACACACCUUAUUUGAAGGAGACAAUGACGCGCGGUCCCAUUUGUCUGAAUUCAUUCGGGUUGCCCAAAUGAACCGAUAUAAUGAGGAGGAUGUGUUACUGGCAUUUCCUCAAACACUGCACAAGAGCUAUCGGAGAUGGUAUGACGGUUUGGAGAUGGAAGUACAAAGAAAUUGGGUCAAGCUACAGACUGCUUUUCUCAAACACUUCAAAAUAGAUGACAGUGAUGAAUUUGGCCUUCGUGAUUUGGAGAGCUUGAGGGAGGCAAGAGAAGGAUGAAAGCUUAUCUGAUUAUUACAAGAGAUGGAGGACAAAGUUGUUCAUGGACCAGACAAGGCCAAAGGACCAAGAGCUUAUCAGGAUUUUCAAUCGAAGCUUGUUGCCUUACUUCAAGGAGAGGAUGCUGGUCCAACCUCUCAUUGACUUUUCCCUAGUACAAAGGGCUGGGUUGAAUAUUGAAGAGCUUUACAAAGAAGAGAAGAAGAAAAGCCGGGGGUUUGGUAACUAUCGGUCCUCCUACAGUGAUUCCUACAGUGAUCAAAGUAGAAAUGCUAGAAAUGCUGCUAUGAACCAGUCGGGGAGUAGUAAUACAGUUGGAGCUGUUAACGAGAAAGUGAGAAGGGAGUUCACCGAUUUGGGCAGACCCUUAAGCACAGUCAUGAGAUCCUGCAUCAAGAAUGGCGUGCUAUCCAAAUUACCAGUUAAUCCAUCUAAGCCUAUUCGGGGUAGGCUUUUGGAUCGGAACUGUGAGUAUCACCAGUGUAAAGGUCAUUCUACUGAUGAUUGCUUCAAGCUUAGGCACGAUAUACAGAAUUUAAUAGACAGUGGGAAGAUUCAUGGGAAGAUUACCAAGCCCUUCUGA